AUUCUUCUUCUCCUUCUAAUUCACAAAAUAAUCAAAGCUCCGUUUCCUACAAUGGCGGACAUAGUUGUGGUUUUCGACUUCGACAAGACGAUUAUCGACGUGGACAGCGAUAAUUGGGUCGUCGACGAGUUAGGCUUCUCCGACUCCUUCAAUCGCCUUCUUCCCACCAUGCCCUGGAAUUCUCUCAUGGAUACGCUGAUGUCGGAGCUUCACGCUAAUGGUAAAACGGUCCGAGACAUUGAGCAAGUUCUCCAGCGUGUUCCCAUUCAUCCCCGGGUUGUCCCGGCUAUUAAAGCCGCUCAUGCUUUAGGGUGUGAUUUAAGGAUAGUGAGUGAUGCUAACGUUUUCUUCAUCGAAACAAUCGUCGAACAUCUCGGAAUUAGGGAAUGUUUCUCGGAGAUUAACACGAAUCCAGGCUAUGUUGACAAGGAAGGCCGGCUGAGAAUCUUCCCUUUCCAUGAUUUCCAUUCUUCUCCACAUGAUUGCAACCGUUGCCCUCCCAACAUGUGCAAGGGCAAGAUUAUAGAAAGGGUUAAGGCUGAUUUGGCCAAGGAAGGAAAGAAGAGGAUGAUCUACCUUGGUGAUGGGAUUGGUGAUUUCUGCCCAAGCUUGAAGCUGAAAGAGGGAGACUUUAUGAUGCCAAGGAAAGGUUUCCCAGCUUGGGAAUUGAUAAACCAAAACAGAUCUUUAUUAGAGGUAGAGGUCCAUGAAUGGAGUGAUGGUGAGGAGCUUGAGGGGGUUCUGCUUCAACUCAUAAACAGGAUCUGCAUUGAAGAGAGUCAUUUUGAUCGGCCAAUAGAAGAUUCUAAGUUCCAGACUAUCUCGAUGCAGUUGCCUAAACCUAUUUCUGUACCUUUCUAGAUGUAGUGUGAGAUUUUUUUUAGUUCUAUAUGCAUGCCAAUUAUUUUUCUACGGGAAAAGUGUCAAAUAAGUCCAUCUACUUUUAACAAAAAGUCAAUCAAGUCCACAUACUCUUUACUAAGUCAAUUAAGUCCUGCAAGUAUGCAAAAAUCACCAAAUUGGCAUUUUUAUAGGUCAUCUACCAGUUAGCCGGUUGAUUGCUGACAUGGACAUCCAUGGUAGCCUUUUUUUACUGUUUCAUAAUUUUUUUAUUCUUUACCAUUUUCUAUUUCCUUUUUUUCUCUUUUUUUUUUUCUCAUUUCCACUCUUGGUUUCUUCUUUCUGCGUACAGGUCGACUACUUUUCCAGGCCUCCAGAUCCACGCAUCUGUAAUCCGCUCCAGCCUCCACCAUCCCGAGUCCCGACCUCCGCUGCCCUACCGCCAUACCCACCGUCUCUGCGGUCUUCGCCUCCAGCUCAUCUAUUGCAGCGACCUCUGACUCCCCGGCCUCCAUAGCCACCGCCUCUAAGGUCUCUCCUCCGCCACCCGUACAUCCAUAGUCACUAACUUCAAGUCUCCAUCUCUUGCCCCUACCUCCAUAGCCAGGCCCCCACACCCGUCCUCCAACCUGCACCUUUGCCGCCCUUGCUACAUAACCACCUAUCCCUUUAGUUUCAUCGUGAUUGCCAUCAGUUUAGGCAAGAAAGAAAAAGAAAAUUGAGAUUAGGACAGGUUGACGAGAAGCGGAAGAGGCGUGGACUUGGAUUGAUGAAGAAAAAGGAAUUGCCAUUAAUGGAGUUAAGCUGGGCUGAGGGCUAAAAGAGAUGGGAGAAUAAGUGAAUAACGAAAGAAAGAGAAAGAGAAAGAGAAAGGAGGGAGAAAGUCAGAAAGAAAAGAGAGAAAGAAAUAGAAAAAGAAAAGAAACAUUAUACUGUAAAAAAUUAGAAAACCUUAAAAAACACCAGCUGGGCAUACAUGCUGGCAAGUUACCGGGUAACCGUUUGGUUACCUGUAAAAUGGCUGAUUUGGUUAAUUUUUUACACUUCGCGGACUUAAUUGACUCGUUAAAAAGUAUAUGGACUCAAUUGACUUUUCAUUAAAAGUAGGUGAACUUAUUUGACAGUUUUCCCUUUUUCUACUGACUAUUCAAGAGAAGGAAAAUAAAAGGUGGUUAGCAGAUUUAAUUUUAACCAAACGCCCCCUAACAGUAUGCUGUAUGCCCUCCAAGGCUCCAAAUUGAUCUUCAUGUUUGUAAAUGCUUUGAUACCGAAUGAGAAUAACGAAGAAGCUUA